UGCUACGGCGUGUGAAACAGGUGCGGCGAACGCCCACGCCGAGCGCGCGGCACGCCGGCACCGGCAAGUCAGCUUUGCUCCGGCAAACGAGUGUCUCGGCCACCAAGUCACCAACUCAACCGAGAGGAUUCCCGCCGCGCGCCCGGCCGGCCAACCCAACCGAGGGCGAUGUCGCCGCGGAAGCCGCUGACGGCGCUGCUCAAGUCCGCGACGCAGCCAGGGCACCUCCUCCAGCUCCACGCCGCGAUGCUGAAAUCCUCCCACUUCCCGCACCACGCCUUCCCCACGGCCAGGCUCCUCGCCUCCCCGCUCGCGCCGCUCCCCUACGCGGUCUCCCUCUUCGCCGCCGUCCCGCGGCCCACGCUCUUCCACCACACCGCCCUCCUCCGCUCGCUCUCCGCGUGCCCCUCCGUUGCCUCCCUCGCCGCCUCCCUCUCCGUCCUCACCUCCGCGCGGGCGCGCCUCCCCGACCUCGACGAGUUCGCGUUCCAGCCGUUCCUCGCGCUCUGCGCGAAGAUCCCUGAUGACGCCGAGUCGACCUCGCUCGGCAGGCAGCUGCACGCACUUGUGCUGCGGUACGGGUUCCUGGACAUCGUGAGCCUGAGGAACGUGCUGUGCCACUUCUACUGCUGCUGUGGCAGCAUGGUGGACGCGCGGAGCGUGUUCGACGAAAUGCCGGAGAGGGACGCCGUGUCAUGGAACACGGUGAUCGGGGGCUAUGCCAGGGCGGGGGAGGUGGGUGCGGCGGUGGAGAUGUUUACCGCGAUGAGGUGCUGUGCCAUGGAUGUCAACGUGACAGCCGUGAUCGCUCUGAUCGGAUGUGGGUGGCGAGGGGAGUCAGUGCAUGGCUUCUGCGUCAAGGCAGGAUUCUGCGGCAAUGUGAAGGUGGCGGCAGCAAUGGUGGGGUUGUACGUAAGGGAAGGCAGCGUUGAGUGUGCAAGCCAGGUGUUUCGUGAGAUGACCAGGAGAGACUUGGUGCUGCAUAACUGUAUGGUGGAUGGCUAUGCCAAGACAGGGCGAGUCCAGGAGGCACUGAGCUUGGUUGACAUGAUGAGACAACAAGGGAUGAGACCAAGUUCAGGGACGCUCGUGGGCGUGCUCUCUGCGUGCGGGGCAUCAGGGGCAUUGGCACCCGGUCGUCGUGCCCAUGAGCUUGCUCAGGAGGCAGGGCUGGAGCUUGACACCGCGCUCGGGACGGCGCUCAUGGACAUGUACUUCAAGUGCGGGUGCCUCAAGGAGGCAGCUUCAGUCUUCGAUGCAAUGCGUGAUAGGGAUGUGAAGGCCUGGACAGCGAUGAUCAUGGGGUUCGGGGUCAAUGGACAAUCAGGCGCCGCGACCUCGCUGUUCCGUGCAAUGGAGGAAGAGGGCGUGGUCCCUAACGAGGUCACCUUCCUCGCGCUGCUGAGUGCUUGCAGCCAUGGCGGAUUAGUGCAGGAAGGGAAGGGGUUCCUCGAGACCAUGGUGCGGCGGCACGGCUUAUCUCCAAGCCCUGAGCACUACGGCUGCGUCAUUGAUCUCCUGGGGAGAGCAGGGCGGUUAGACGAAGCGUAUGAGCUCAUACUACGCAUGUCAUCCCGGGGUGAUGCUACGUCGUGGAGAGCCUUGCUUGCGGCCUGCAGAAUCCAUGGCAAUGUCGAGCUGGGGAGGAUGGUGCAGGCACAGUUGGACGCCAUGGGCCACUACCAUCCAUCAGAUGCCAUUCUGCUGUCGAACACAUACGCGUCACAAGGACGAUGGGAUGAGAUAGCUCAGGUGAGGGAUUCAGAAGCGCAGAAAAUUGCCGUGGACAAGAAGGAAGCAGGCUGCAGCUCCAUUGAUGUCUUGCCAAUGUAUCCAGGCUUGUUGAAUUGAAGCAACAACCAACUGAACUCAAAGCGGGUUUUCAGAGAGAAAAAUAGGCCUGUGUAGGUAGCUAACCGUGAGUAACAUCAGGCAGACUAGGUUUUGUUCGCAGCAAUCGAUACGUGUACAGAAACAUAAAAAAAGUGUUCAACAUGAUUUGUAUUA